GAGUCUAUAUAAGAAAAAGCCCCAAAUAUCAGGACUGUCCCUAUAAAAUUGGGACAUCUGGUCACCUUAGCUUUGUACCAUUAGGAGACAAAGCCCUUUGCGGGGGGGAGGGUUGAAAUGAUAAACAUUGAAGCAAAGGGCUCCACCUUGACUGAUUUUUGUGCUAUUGUACCAUAUUCAACUUCAGUUAUUAACCUCCCAGCCAAUUGUAAGGGGGCCUCUGAGCUAUCAGUCACCAGGAGUCCUAUCAGCCCCAUAAGGCUGCGUGUCUCAGAAGCUGUUACCGACACAGCAUUGUUUUAUUGCUUCAGGAACACUUAGCAGGUUCCAACAUUGUUUUUAAAGCCAUGCGGAUCAUUGAAAACUCCCUCAAGCUAUUUAAUCCUUUCCCAGAUCCAGCCAAAGCGAGUCCCCGCCGCUGAACUCAAAGUGCUGUUUUAAGCGGAACGGGAGAUCAUUAGCGUGUUAUCGCCAGCACUGAGUUUGUUCCUGUCGAGGGGCGGGGGGAGGAGAAGCUACUUUUAAAUUGUUGCACCGCAAGCCUGAACUGUCCGCGCCUUUCCAGUGGAAAAGAUACCCCCGGAUCUAAUUGCAUUUUGGAUUAUUAGGAUUAACGUCUCGUUGAUUCCUAGUGUCACACGUCAAGGGAUCACUGGAGAGAAACUAAUCCACACUGACUGAAUGCGUUUAGUAGACUCUCUUUCUGUUAUAAGCGACAAAUUAUUCACGGUUCAGCUUUGAACACUAGCUUUGUUUUAAACCUCUUAUCCCCGCCCCGGGAGGGACCCUUUUCUGCCUCUCCACGCGUCCCAUUUGCAAUAUAAACAAACCCACCCUUCAAGGUUUCUGGCUACAUUUUCACGUGUCUCGGAGUAAGGAGGCGGGAGGAAAGAUCCAAGUUCUCCGUGUAAACGCUCCGGGCUAGAAUGAAAGCCCGCUGCACUCCGGAGCCGGUGAGGGCGGGUGGCUUUCCCAGCUACAGUUUCUCAGCGCUGUCCUGCCACUGCAAUGCCCGGGUGCAAAGGGAAGAGGCGGCGGAGGAGGGGAGAGGUUUAGAGGUAAAUGCAAGAGAUUUCCAGCCCGCCGGUGUUGCACGCUGGAAAGUGAGCGAUGGCCGGUUUCCCCAGGGAUCCGUGAGCCUGAAUCCAGGGGGACUGGCACUAGUGCGCGCCACAGACUGCGGGCCCUCUCCUGGGCUCCAAGGGAAGAGAGCACUGGCGGGCUGGGGAUACGAUCCUCUAAGGAGGGCAUGGAUCAGACGGCGCCGGCGGCUGGCAGCCAAUGCCCGGGAAAGGAGGCGGAUGCUGGCUUUGAACGUGGCCUUUGAUCGUCUGCGGAGCGUCAUCCCAGCGCUGCGUAACGAAAAGAAGCUGUCCAAAGCGGAGACGCUGCAGAUGGCCAAGAUCUACAUCUCCAUGCUGAGCGAGCUGCUGCAGAGGGGAGAAGGCGCAGGCGGCCCGCGGGAUACGGGGCAGACACUGGCCGCGCAGAAGGGCGGAAGCAGCCAGCGCCCAGACACUGCUGCGCCCCCAUCCACCGAGAAAUGCAGCCCUAUAGUUCCACCAGCCCAGAACUCACCCCAGGCUCUUAAUUCACUACGGCGUGCCGCCACGGAGCCGGGAUCCACGCGGUCCUGACGCCAACUGCAGCGCCGAGGACAGCAGACCAUGUCCACGGGGCUGGGCAGCGCGGAAGCCUGGCGGUUCAGAGACAGGGGUCAGCUCCCCGCCCCCCCACGCCUUCCCAAGGACAUAGCCCUACCCUGAAAUCAGGAAUAGGCACAGAAAGUAAAUAACUGGGCGGAUAAAACGGUUCAGGGCGACCCAGACGUUGGCCAAAAGUGAAAGGCGGUUACAAAGAAAAGGACGGGGCUGGAUUGAGAGAGACGAUUCAGAGGAAAAGCUCGACAAGCCUGACAGUAGGUAGCUGUCCAAGUCGUUGUAAGAGGAUAUUUAUCGGCUAUGUGGGCUAAUUCCAACUGUACUUUUCUAUAGAGAAAGGCAGGAGACAAGCUAGGUGACUAUGGCAACAGCUCGGAAGGAUGGUUUUGCUGCGCUGAAGAGAAACACUUCAGCACGUUGUCACACUUAUUGCUAUUUUCAUUUCCAGUGCUGCUUUUUGGAGGUAGUAUCUAACUUUUAAACUCCUUCGGUAGUUGUAGCCCAGCAGCCUUUAAGUAGACAGGCAGCUAUCUUCCAUAGAUGCUUUCCAGAGACUUGUCCUUCACCUCUUUCUUGUCACUUUAGAAUUCCCUUAAAUAGAUUCAGUGAAUUGGUACAGCAGGAGAGAGAAAAAGUUUUGUUUCCAGUUAGCUACAGGCAGAGUUCAAACAGGGUUCAAGCACUGUUAAUUCUCAUCAGUGAGGAAAGGGCAGUUUUCCUACCAUCAGCGAGCAGUAAUGUUCAGCAGUCGGCAGAAGACAAGGCAUAGAACCGAUGCAAAA